AUGCCCCAGCGGGUAACCCUGUCCUGGCAUUCCGACAUGCCACUGGCCGGCAAGCUGGUCCUCUCCGCUCUGCUCCUCCUGACGCUGGCGUACAGGUUCUAUAGGUCUCGUUUGCUUGCUGGGGGUCAAAUCCCACGGGCCAAGGAAGAGCAGAGGGAAAAUGCUGCCCGGGAUCGGGAUGGGGAUGGGGAUGGGGACGGUGCAGUGGGUCUGCGGUGGAGGAGGGUGUUUGGUGAGGAGGGGAGGAUGGGUGGUGGGAACGCACAAGUGAGUGGCACUGGGACACGGCGCACGCCUUCCCAGCGGGAUUGGAGUCUGCUGAGGGGUGAGGAGGGGGAGAUAGUUUCUGAACCAGGGCUGACUGCCAGGAAAGCGGGGAUGGGCAGGAGGGGAAGUGAGCUGGGAAGCGAGCUGAGAGGUGCGACAGGAAUUGAGCCUGGAAGUGAGCUGGGAAGUGAGCUGGCAAGCAAAUCAGGAAGUGAGGCAGGAAACAAACUGGGAAGUGAGGUGGGAAGAGAGCCGGGAAGUGAGUCAGGAAGUGAUCUGGGAAGCAAGCCGGCAAGAACUCUGGGAAGUGAGCCGGGAAGUGAGCCGGGAAGUGAGCUGGAAAGUGAGUUGGGAAGUGAGCUGAACUCUUACGAGCCUGGGGAUGCAGCCAAAACACUGAGCAGCUCUGGGGAGAAGGGAACACUUGCUCCCAGCACCGGGCUCUCUCCCAGGACUGCUAAUGAUGAUGACAGCCUUGUCCAAAGCAUGGAGCAGGAUUUGGCUGGCAGAGGCAUGAGCCAGGAGAUUGAAGAGCACGGGGGGAUGAUCCAGACCCUCAGUGUCACCUCAGACCUGGCACUAAUGAUGACAACGAGCAGCAUAGAGUCAGACACCUCCUACUCCUUCUCCUCGGUUGCAAAGAUUCAGGUGGAGGAGGGGUACAUCACCAAGCAGCUGGUGAACGACGGGGCUGGGCAGCCAGGCCCUGGCCUAAAAGGCAAAGUCUAUGACUACUAUGCCCAGUCCAUCUCCCAGUCGGUGUCAAAGAAGAGGUCUCUUCCCUACAUCCCUCUGGGAACAUCCCAGUGCCACAGCUCAGAGCAGGUCAAUGAAGAGAUGCAGAACUUUGCAACCCAGGAGCCAGACCCAACUUUGGCAAUGCAGGAUCCCAUCACCUCUUCCACAGUUCCAGCAUCUACGGGGAGCUUGGAACCUUCUCCUGAACCACCAUCUCCUGGCCGCAAGAGCAGCGUCCUCCACAUUGCUGAGAGCCCCCACCUCCACCUGCCCAUGGAGGGGUUUGGGGUCACAGCACCAGCUGACACACCAUCUGCAAGCCCCUGGCCAGGGCUGGUGGCCGGUGCUGACCAAAUGCCACCAUCCACCCACCUGGACCUGGGGAACUGCUACGAGGUCCUCUGCACAGCCAAGGCUCAAAAGCUCCACCACCUCCAGGAAGCUGCCUACAAGGUGAUGAGUGACAACUACCUGCAGGUGCUGAGGACACCGUCCAUCUAUGGCCGUCUCAAUGCCGGCGAGCGGGACCUCAUCCUGCGGUGGAGAAUGAAGGGCAAGAUGCGCAUGGUCGUGGCAGACGUCAACCUGCAGGAGCCUGGCCUCCACUCCAGCCGCCUCUGCAGCUAUGAUGAAGGAGGAGACUGCUGGCACCACCUCUGCCACAUGCCACCAGAGGUGGUCUCCCAGGGGUGUGCUAUGUGCAGCAUGUUCAACUACCUCUUCGUGGUGGCUGGCUGCAAGGGCAUGGGCCGGAUGCAGAGACCUUCCAACCAUGUCUUCUGCUAUGACCCCCUGACCAACAUCUGGAGGGAGAUCUGCCCCUUGAACCAAGCACGGCCCCACUGCAAGCUCGUGGCCUUGGAUGGCCACCUCUAUGCCAUUGGUGGUGAAUGUCUCUACACAGUAGAGCGCUAUGACCCCCGGCAGGACCGCUGGACCUUCACUGCACCCCUGCCCCGUGACACCUUUGCUGUGGCCCACACGGCCACAGUGUGUGAUGGGGAGAUCUAUGUGACAGGAGGCACCUUGCGCUAUGUGCUGCUGCGAUACGCUGCCCGCUCGGACACCUGGAGGGUCAGCCUGGCCAGCGGUGGCAAGAACAGGACAGCCGAGAUGGUGAGCACCAACGGCUUCAUCUACCGCUUUGACCUCCACCGCCGCACGGGCAUUGGUGUCUACCGCUGCAGCGCCAAGGCCAAGCUAUGGUAUGAAUGUGCCACCUACACCAUGGCCAACCCAGGUGGCUUCCAGUGUGCUGUGCUGGGCAGCUUGGUCCACUGUGUUGGCCGGCACUUCCACAUACGCUUCUUGGCUGACCACAUCUCACCACGCUUUGGGACCAAGGAGCUGCAGCCCUUCCCGUCACCCCAUGGCAGCCUCCUCCCAACUGUCCUGGUAUUGCCAGAAGGAGGGAUGCCACAAACACAGGUUUGA